CAAAACGAGUCGUAGAUGAAGCCGCAUGCCGGUGUGGGUCAAUUUUAGAUUGCCGGUUCCCGUUUGGCGAACAGAUCAGCGAAAUCGAGCCCCCUUGCUGUUGUCUUCGGUAGUACUGAAUCGCUUUUGACUAAACAUCGUCGGCUAUUUUUAAAGAAGAAGCUGCUGAGUAGUGAACGCAGUAUGGCAACAGAUUCGAAGGCCGCCUUCAAGCCGGUAACACACGUGCUUUUUGACAUGGAUGGCCUGCUUCUGGACACAGAGUCAUUAUACACCGAGGCAACGCAGCGGGUGACACAGCGCUAUGGCAAGGACUACACGUGGGAAGUCAAGUCAGCCGUGAUGGGCACGGCAGGUUCCGAGUCGACGCGCAUCAUCAUUGACAGGCUGCAGCUGCCCCUCACCGUGGAGGAGCUUGAGGCCGAGCUACACCAGAUGCACCGGGAACUGUUCCCCACGGCUCAGCUCAUGCCUG